AGAAAUUUGGUCUGCUGGAAUCAACCAUGCCAGGCCUCAUGUUGUUCCCAAUAUGCCUAAUGCUGUCACCUGCAGGCAUCUACUGGAAGUUGGUAUCACACAUCAGUGACAAGUAUCAGUGUGACAUCGUCGGGUACAGCUCAGCUGAUGUCAUCCUGAGAAUGACUUUUCACGAACAGCAGCAGCAGAAACAACAGGAAGACCUGAGGCAGCUUCUGCAAGAGGGUGAAUCAGGAAUUCAGCUCAACGAUUCUUCACAAAAUGCAGGUGCUGUACACCGUCACACUAAAGUCUUCCCACUUAAAAACAAAAUGAGUUGUCAUUGUCUAUUCAGUCUCACUAGACACAUGUGCCGUACUAAGGAGCGCUUCUAACUAAAUUCUUGUCACUUAAAAGAUGAUGUGUUUUCAUGACCUUAUAAGUCUUGUUAGAUACCUUUGCCGUACCACGUAGCCCUUCUCACUAAAGUCUCUUCAAAGCAUGUGUUUUGUUAUUAUCUGUUGAGUCUCUUUGGACACAUAUGCAAUACCAAGCUACUCUUCUGACCAAAAUUUUAUUACAUACCGGUAGUCCCAUUCUUCUCUUCACUCUAACUAGACACCAUUGCCUCAUAAUAAUUAAAAAAAAAAAAAAAAAAAAAAAAAAAAAAACACAUUUAACCAACUCAAGUUUAAUAUAAUCUUUUUUGAAAUAGUAUGUAGCAUUUAUAAAGCAUUAUGUUAAAUGCACUUUCCGAAUGGAUUGUCAUAUUUAAUUCAUCGUGUUAAACCUCGUUUCAGUUGAGUUUGCCUUAACCAAAGUAUCAUGUUAAACCCAGUUUCAGAUCAGAUCCCCAUGGCCGACCCAUUUGAAACAACCGGAAGUGAUGUUGACCAAACUGGCGGCCACUCGAACUUAAGCAGGGAUCCCCACUUUGUUGCUCUGAAGACGGCAACGAUGGAAGCUUUGCUGGCCCUGGGGGAAAAGAUUGAACAGUUGAAAGCCGAGGUACUGGGGACGGCGUUAGAAAAUGGUGGUGAUGAAGAAUAGGGCUACCUAUACAGAGAACAGGGAGGCAGCAAUGAACAUGCUUUGUAUGUAUCGACAUGGUUCUUUUCUUGAAGACAUCACUGGACAGUGAUCAGCAGGGUGAAGUCGGGAUAUUGGAGACAGGCUUAGAACUGUCUGAGGAACGUACAUUUGAUACUUGGUUGUUUGCAGCUGUGAGUCAAAGUUUUUUUCGACGAU